AUGACCACGGCACUCGGCGAAGUAACUGUCCUGCCUCCAUCUCUCAUCCCAGAGAUGCGCAACAUGACGGAUCUCAACUUCCGAGAAGCCAUCACUACCGAAUUCCACUCUACCCUACCUGGAUUUGAGGUUUUCGGGUUCUUCAAGCUUCCAGGACACAUAUUGCAGACAGUAGCACGAAAGCAGUUGACGCAGCACACAAACACAAUCUUGGAACCUCUUUCCUCAGAAGCUGCUUUCGCCACCGAUUUGAUAUUCGGAAAUCCUCCAGGUUGGCAGCAGAUUCCGGUGAAAGAAAGCAUGCUGGAUCUUAUCGGACGGUUAUCUUCCCGAGUAUUCCUUGGCCCAGAUCUAUGCCGUAAUGAUGCAUGGCUCAGGAUCACCAAACGGUUCACCACCACCUCUUUCGCCGCUGCUGCCAAGCUGAACCUGUUUCCAUCUACUCUAAGGCCGCUGAUAAACUGGCUUGACCCUUCAUGCCGGCAGAUGCGGAGCUUCAUCUCUCAGGCCAACGAGAUUCUUCUUCCCGUAUUUGAAAGUCGCUUGAAGGUGAGAGAGGCGGCCAAGAUUGCGGGGAAACCAACACCGGCGUUCCAUGACACUAUCGAAUGGGCCGAGAUGGAGUCACAAGGCAUGGCGUAUGACCCGGUAGCCUUUCAAAUGAUCAUCUCGUUCGUUGCGAUACACACGACGUACGAUCUCUUGGGCCGUACUCUCAUUCUUGUGGCUCAACAUCCGGAAGCCAUCGACUCUCUUCGUCAAGAAAUCAUUCGCGUUUUGAAAGCCGAGGGUUGGUCCAAGACGUCGCUCAACCACAUGAAGUUACUGGACAGUGCAGUGAAGGAGGCGCAAAGAAUAUGGCCAACAACAGUUUUGACUCUACGCCGCGUUGCCGUCAAAGACAUCACACUCUUCGACGGGACGUUUAUCCGAAAAGGCAAACGCACAUUCACUCAUUGCCUCAACAUGAUGGACCCAGAAGUCUACCCAAAUCCAGAGAAGUUCGACAUACACCGCUUCAAACAGCUCCGCGAACAGAGCGGUGGCGAGAGCAAAGCGCAGCUUGUCACCACCACACCGGAGCACGUCGGGUUUGGGUAUGGGAUGUUUGCCUGUCCCGGACGCUUCUUCGCAUCGAAUGAGAUCAAAAUCGCGCUGUGUCAUCUCCUGCUGAAGUACGAUUGGAAAAUUACUGAAGAUUUCAAACCGAUGAUCAUAGGCGACAGCUCACUCAUAGAUCCAGCCACGACAAUUGCGUUCCGAAGGCGGAAAGAAGAGAUUGACUUGGAAUGUUUGCAGUUUGAUGAGGGAGUUGCGUUUGCUGUUGAUAAUGGUCAAGUCUAA